CUAUGUGUUAAUUGAUUGAUGGGCUGUAUUUAAAGAUAUUUUAAAGGAAAAUGAAUGAAAAAAAAGCUCCAAACCUUCAUAAAUAUUAUUGCAAAUUAUUUAUUAUAAAAAAUACAUCUUUUACUCCUUUUGUUCUUUUCAUUUAAUAUUAAAGAGACAAACAGACUGUUAAAAAAAACAGGCUUAAAAAUAGGUUAGUUGAAUUUUGUCUUGUAGUAUUUGUACUGCAGGACUCUGAUGUACACUGCAUGUUCCAUAAUGCUUUUCGGCUUACUACGUCAUCAACCUGCGUUAUUAUUCUGGAAGUGGUGAGCUGGCUUUGAACAGCGGGUGGAUUCUUCAGUUAUAAUUUUGCCCUUCACCGUCCCACAAUCUUCAGCGCAAUGACCAAGCUUCUGGAGUGGCUUCUUGGUGUGUCGCUGAUCGGCAUGGCAUGGGGACUCGUUACCUUUGACCUCCUUGAUUUGCAGUUGCCUCCCCAGUAUAGAGAGCUGGCAUGGCCAAUGCCUGUAUAUCUGCUGGUGGCGUUUGGGUGUUAUUCACUGGCAACUGUCGGCUACCGUGUGGCCACAUUUAAUGACUGUGAGGAUGCGGCCAAAGAGUUGAAAGCACAAAUAAAAGAAGCCAAAGAGGAUUUAAAGAAGAAGGGACUGAAGAUGUGAGAAUUACAUCUUACUGUUUCUCACAUGCAGCCACUGUUGUUUUUUAUUCAUAUACAAAUGCGAACAGAGUCUCGUUGUUUCUGUUUACUUUGUGCCCAAUAUUUUCCUCUACACUGAUGUCUGUACGACGAUAUUCACUCAAAACUGCAGCUCAGACCUGUCCAGCUUUGUUCAAGUCUAUUUUCAACAUGAUGUAAAUAAUAGUUUGAAAUGUAAACACCUGCACACCUGUGAAUGAUCUAUUUUCAGAGUUAUGACAAUCUUAUUUUAAACAUUACAGGCACAUGCACGUAUUGUCAAUGGAGAGUGGUGCUAUUUCUGUACAGCCUCCAGAGUGUGUGUAUUUGCAUUGGCCAGGGAAUGAAUACAGCUUUUUUCGAACCAGUUGUUUUUAGCAGAGUCAGAAUUCUUAGUCAGACUUAGAAACAAACCCGCUGUGUAGAUUUGCUCUUGCACAAGGGCAGCGUUUCAGUAAAUCAAACUAUGUGGAAUGGAAUUUUGAUUUAAAAUAUGAAAUGUUGGGACUGUGUUAAGGCCACAAACUUUUGUCCUUUCUACCUUAAAUUAAGGUUCUGAGCAAUUUUUUGUUGUAAUUGGAAUACAAGUACUUUAAAGCACUGUAUGUUAAACCAUUUAAUUUGAACGGGUCUUUAUUAAAAUAAAGGGCCUAAAUAACCCUGCGUAAUUUUAAACACCAGGUAAACGCAAUGCAGUUUUUUUUAAACAUAAGACUGCGAUUCACACUGUACAUUCUACAUUAAACCCCGGUUUAAACUUA